AUGAAGUACACUAUCGGAGCACUAGUCAUUGCCGUCUUCACGAACGCUCAAUCUCAUGGCCAAAAAGCGUAUCUCGCGUCAGUAUGCCAGCCAUACAACUCGACUAACAUGCCAGACCUCAAUGCUCCCUGCAAUGCAAUCGCGGCGAUUCAAGGGGAGUGUAUCUACGGACCAGAGUACCUUUCCGUUCCGAACUCGAACGGCGACCGUGAUUUCGGAGAUAUUUCAACCCAGAGCAACGAAACUCAGCGUGUCUGCUUGUGCGAAAGCCAGUUCUGGGAUUUGGCGACUGGAUGCUUUUCCUGCUAUAAGAAACAUGGAGGCGAGAUGGAUGGAGCUGGCACGAUAAGCGAUGGCACGGUUUCGAGCAUCAGCUCGAAAUACUGUGCUGCAACCAUGACACCGACGGCUGGUCUUGCGGACUAUCUCUUCGCUCUUGCCAGCUCGCUCGAGCCGUCCUCAACUCAGACGGGGUCGGCGCAGACCUCUGUGUCAUAUCUCGAUUCUAUCGGUAAUAAGACGGAGGUCAGCUACUACUACACCCCAUCGGUCACUGGAUCUGCUGCUUGGUUGGUAGGGCAACCCACGGGUUCUGGCAGCUCUGCGGUGUACAGCACCACGAAUGUCCAUGAUGGCCAAAUUCGCGCAACUGCUUCAGCGAACAAUGCCGCAGCAUCUGGUGGUAGUGGAACGAGGACUGGUUCGGGUGCUCAGUCUACAGAUUCUGGCAGUGGCGCAGGAAAACACGAGGCUUUGACUGCUGCUGGCUUGCUUGGACUUGUCGGCUUGGUGGCCGUCUUGUAGAGCUCUCGCAAAUGCUUGGAAUGGGAAUGAGUCGAUGCCCGGUUGAGCGAAGGAGUUCUGGCGCAAGAAUUCCGAAAUUAAAGGAUUGCUUGCGGCACUGAAGCGAGUGGUUGGCGAAAAAAUUAUUUCCAAUGGUCGCGACUGUAAUAUGAGCGUCACUCACGCAGGUAGCACACGGCCUAGGAAAGAUGAGUCUUUUGACGAACUCUGAAAUCUUAAUCCAGUUGUGAAGGUGACGAGGAACUGUGUCUUCCAAGACGAUAUUUUCACACGUUCGGGUUGUCCAUCAUAAGCUCUCGUACUGCUUUUGCAGCCAUGCGUUUCCGUUGCUCUUCAGGCAAAUCAGCGCUCUGCUCUUUCACAGCCAGAAGCUUGCCCAGCAUCCUGUUCAGAUCUUCCACUCCGCCUGCUUGCUCAUGUGGUGUUAUGAGCUGUUCAGCGUCGUCACCUUCGUUUUCAACGAGGGCAGCCUUCAUGCCAAAGAGCUCAGCAGUCAUCUCUGCUUCCUCAUGGCCGAACCCAUCCUCGCCAUCCUCUAUGCCCAGGCAAAGCUCAUCCACUUCCAAUUCAUCCUCGCCAUGAUCAGCCCAUUCGUUGGCCUCCAGCGCCUCUUUCAACCUCUCAAAGCCCAAUUUCUCUCCGAAUUCGUUCUUGCCCUCGGCGCUGUAGUCGAUGUACUCGAAGCCGAAUUCGGUGCAGGUGUCAUCUUGAGCAUCUUGGUUCUCCAUGUUCUCCCUCUCUUCCUUCGCAUGCCGCUUCGC